AUGACGUGCGAUCUAGAAGAGGAGCUGGUCUUCACCUUGGAAAUCGGGUUGCUGCCCAAGGCACGCCCCUCCAAUUGGAUCCAAUUCGUGCAGCCUAACAGCGUCGGCCUGGAGCUGGAUCAGCUCCAGCAGCGCCUGGAGGGUCUGAAGCGACGGGAGGCCGAGCUGCGCUUCGCGUUGCGCGCCCUGCGGCGCGCGGCCGCGCGGGGGGAAAUGCCAGUGCUGGGGACCACCGUGGAGUUGGAGGCGCUGGGCCGCGCGGAGGCCUCCGCCUGGGCGCAGGUCUUCGCGCAGCGCCCGGCGAAGGCUGCGGCGGCCAGGGAGGGGCACUGCGCGGAGGUCUGGGCCCAGCUGGCGGUGGCCGAAGGCCUGGAGCUGACGCCCGAGGUGCUGCGCGGGAUCCCUCAAGAAGGCAGCUUCGUGGGCGCUGUACUGUCGGCACUGACCCGGGAGGACCCCGCCUGCGAGGCCUGGGUCCGCAACUGCCUGCGUGGGGAGGUGCUAGACUCGCUGAAGCAGCUGUUGGGAGCGGAGCGCUUGCGCAGGAGGCCCUCCCGGUCCGCGCGGCUCAGCCGGGCCGGCUCGCAGCCGGGGAUCGGCAAGACGCGGUCGCAGGAGAUGCCGCAGCUGAGUGUGGCGGCCUUCAUCGGAGAGCCUGAGGAGGCUUUGCCGUCGCCCCCAUCCUCCCCAAAGGCAGCCAGAGAUGGCAGGGAGGUGGAGCUGGCGGAACCCGAGACGUGGCGACAGGAGUGGGGGCGGCGGAACACAGAUUUCCACCUUGCAGGUCGCGGCCCAGACAUUGGCUCCAUUGCGCGCGCGGUGGUACAGUCCUUGGUGCAGAAAGCGGAUGCGGCUCCGCCCCGGCUUUGCCGCCUGGCUGCUGCUCUGUCGGGCAUGGACAAGGGCCAGGAGGUUUUGGGUCGCUUGCUCCUGACGAACUGGCUGGCUCCGGCGUUGCUGAACCCGGGCCUGGCACUAGGCUUGGGCCUCGCGGAGAUCUGCCCCACGGGCGCGACGGAGGCCAGCCGUGCCAUGCUGACCGCGCUGGCCAAGCUGUUGGGCGCCGCUGUGGCAGGCGGCGACGAGGAGAAGCCGUUGCAGACCCUGUUGGAGUCUCUGGCCCGGCGUGCCCAAGUGGCGGCGGACCUGGAGGCUGACCUGCCAGCCUGCGUCGUUCUGUGGAGCAGCGAGCUGCAAGCGCUGGGCUCAAGCCUCUCCGAGUUCGCAGAGCUGCAGCUGAGCCCGGAGCUGUUGCGCCUCGUGGCCCGCAGGCCCUCUGGUUUGGGCAACUCAGCAGUGGUCUGCUGGUUGCGGCACGCCUCUGCGCCGAAGCGCCCCAGCGUGUCACCGAACCCGGAGGCUCCCUGCGAUGCGCUCAGAAAGAGCUUCGAGGGCCCGCCCAGCCGGCCCAGAGCCGUACAAGGGCCGGGAAACCUGCAGGGCGCUUUGUUGCUUCUGCGGCAGCUUUUGGCUGAGCCACGCCGCCUGUUCAGCAGGCGAAGAGAUGGCCCUCGGGGCGGCCCUGCGUGCGCAGCGCGGAAACGAGGAGUUAUUGCGGCAGCUGAAGAUCGAGCUUUUGGAGGAGGCCUUGGCGCCCCACUCGGAGCCGAGCUCCUCCAGCUCUGCGGCGCCGCAGGGGGCCGUGGCGGAGCAGGAGCUGUUCGACUCUCUCCAGGAGUCGCUGGAGAAGGACCGAGCGCACCUGGGGUGCCAGGUGCGCAAGCUGCGUGGCCUACGCCUGGCGGUGCGCCUGGCCGCACAGCGCUGCCUCGAGGUCACCCAGUGCCUGCGCCGCUGUGCCAAGGGCGCCUGGACACUGCGCUUCGGGCGAUGCCUGCAGAUGCUUUGGGAGGGCCACGAAUCUCUGCCGGAGCUCUGCGUGGUGGCGCCCCCGAGCAUGAGCGCGCGGCGAACAAGUCCCAGGCGCCACAGAGGUCUCUUUGGCGUGUUCGGACAGGAGGAGCGCUCCGGCUUACCAUCCAAGGUCCGAGUGGUGCACCGAAGCUCCUGCCCUUACCAUCGCUUGGCGGCGGUGGGCGCAAGCAUCGGUGUUGA